AUGGAGAAACAGAAGCAGGUUUCCACCAGUCGGCCUCAAACAUGGACCCGGAGGGCGAUCAUCUGGAUUGCAGCAGCUGGGGGCAUAGUAGGCCUGAUGAGGUUCCGUGGUUUCCCUGCCUUGCAUCGCUCGGCCUUCCCGGGCUACGAUUGUGAAGUUCACAAGUCGCCGUAUAGAUCGUUUCCACAUGAGGACGAUCCAUUCCAUUUCAUUCCUUGCACUAAUGCCAGUCGGCUGCCGGCACUCAAUGACCCUACCCCUCAGCAAUCAUGGGCCGCCCUCUUCAACCCCAACCCCAAUCACUGGAGCUGGGGGAGCUCAGGCCGGGGUAUCUACCUAUGCGGGUACCUAGAUCUCCCGCUUGAUUAUCACAACGAUUCAGACUCGCGCAUCGUUCGCACUGCGGUCACCAAGUUCCAGGUCGCCGGUGUGCCGAAUAGAAACGAUCCCAAUGCUUCUCUUAAAAGCUACAAGAGUAAGCGCACCAUCAUCAUAGAACCCGGUGGCCCGGGAGGAAGCGGAACAUCGUUCCUCUGGGAGACCGCGGAGGAGAUGACCAACCGUUUCAGCGACGGUGAAUUCGAUGUGCUAGGGUGGGAUCCACGUGGUGUCAAUCUCUCCCUCCCUGCUGCGUCAUGUUUCCCUCGAAAUGAAUUCCGAGACAGAUGGUCACUACUAUCUCUCCGGUAUCGCGAAGAGGCUCCAGUGGGCCAGCUUGAGAUUGUCGAUGCCAUGAACAACGCCACCUUCUUCGCCUGCCAGCAGCAGCUAGGGGAUUUCGGCCGCUUCGUCAGCACGGCCUUCGUGGCACGCGAUCUCGACGAGAUCCGAAAAGCCCUUCGUGAAGAGGACGUCUCGGGGUACUUCGUCAGCUACGGAACAGGAAUUGGUCAGACAUAUGUCAACAUGUUCCCCAACCGAGCAGGUCGCAUGAUCCUUGACGGAACGGAAUAUGUCAGAGACCAUCGCCUCUUAGGCGGCUUUGGCUGGACCGCUCUUGACAAUACGACAGAUGCAUGGCGUGACGGAUUCUUAGGCGAGUGUAUCAAUGCCGGUCCGGAUUGGUGUGCCUUGGCAAAGCCUAUCCCCGGCCAGGAGGGCCCUGUCACCCUUACGCAGCUGGAAGAGCGCAUGGCACAGCUACUUGAGUCGCUCAGAAUCCGCCCACAAUCCGCCUAUACGGAAAUGAGCGGGCCAUCCUUGAUCACUUACUCAGCGCUCGUAGACAAAAUUCUCUACCCGGCUAUGUACAAGCCGACAAACUGGCCUGAUACCGCGCAGAUGCUCUUCGAGCUCGAAUCAGGAAAUGGCACACUAGCAGCGAACCUCUUAGACCUCUCAUGGAGCGACCAUACCUUCAAGCCGCCCUAUCCUCAUGACCCAUCCUCAAGUGAACUCGAGUUGUUAGUGAUCUGUUCCGAUUCAUACGACGCGCCCCUUCCAGAUGGACUUGGCUGGUGGGAUGAUCUGUGGGGGAACAUGACGACUCAAAGUUGGAUCGCUGGUAACUCACGCUUCUUCGCGGUUCUACCAUGCAGACAUUUCAACACGUAUUGGCCUCGUCCUUCAGAGGUGUAUCGUGGCGAUCUCAACCAUACUCUCAACACCCCUGUCCUCCUCAUCGCCUCCACGUAUGAUCCGGCAACUCCCUUGCGCAAUGGAAGAAGAUUGUUAGAGGAGAUGGGCCCAAAUGCCCGGUUGGUUGUUCACAAUGGCUAUGGGCAUAGUUCCAGGCGUGAUAGCUCGGUCUGCACGGAUCGAGUUGCGAAGGCUUAUAUUCUUCAUGGCACACUUCCUGAAGAGCAGGAAUCCGAAUGCUUUGCCAAUCACAGGCCUUAUGUUUCGUGA